AUGACGGCCCUUUGCGACCUCCCAUCGCAUCUCGAGGCCGAAUUGAAUGCGCCUCUUCUCCCAUCCAACUUCCUCAAUCUCUCUCUUCCCAAGGCUGCCCUUUUCCAUUUUGUCAUUCCCUCGGACCUGCCGCCGCAUCUCCCACCCUCCUCCCUCCCCACCUCCUCUCGGAUUUUCUCCCCCCGCCAACAGACCAUGGAGCGUUUAUCUCUAAACGAAAGCCCUGCCCCGGCCCAGCGCACUCCCCAGCAGACCCAACAAUUCCCCCAAAAUGCCCUCGGCCCAGCAGGCCCCCAGCCCACAGGCGGUCCCCCGCAAUUACCCCCGCAGAUGUUCACCACCGCCGCACAGCUGCUCGACCUAACAGAUAAAAAACUCGUCCUCGUCCUCCGCGACGGCCGCAAACUCAUCGGCGUCCUGCGCAGCUGGGACCAGUUCGCGAACCUCGUCUUCCAGGAUACCGUUGAGCGAAUCUACGCCGGACAGAUGUACGCCGAUGUAUCCCGUGGUAUUUUCAUCGUUCGCGGAGAGAACGUCCUCCUACUAGGCGAAGUGGAUCUCGACCGCGAAGACGACAUCCCACCCGGUCUGAGCAGAGCUCCAUUCGAGGAAGUCUUCGCGCUGAAGAAGAAGGAAGAAGAGAAGCGGAAAACGGGCGAUAAGAAGCGGUAUGACGAAUUGCAGGCAUUGGGCUUUGAGCCUGAGCAUAGCGGCGAAAUUCUGUUUUAA